AUGAACGCGGAGACGUGCGUUUCAUACUGCGAUAUGACAUCCAUGGAUUCAUAUUAUAGUUCACCCGCUUCACAAGGUAGGGAUCACCAAGCCAAUCCGUUUAGGGCAUUUCAAGCCAGUGACACCAAAUACAGCCCCUCUUUCCUGACCAACAAAGGUCAACCGUACGGAGAAAAGUCUCGUAGCCCGUUCCAAGCGGAAUGCCAGCCCCUGGACACCAACACUGGGGAAGGCACCUACAGCAAGUACCAGCAUUACAUGCAGAGGCCGUCCUGCAAAACUCCCCCUGAAGGAAGCAAGCUGCACACGGACAGCGGACACAACGGAGGACUCGGGUCCUGUUAUGGUAAGGAGAGCGGCGCGCUAACAGACGCAGAGGUCCCCCCAGGUGCAGACGCGGCGGGCAUGGACGGCAGCUACCUGAGCGCGAAGGAGGCGGCGGGAGGGAAGGCGUCGCAGGAGUGCGGCGCUCUCCACCCUUCGGACAUGUCCGGCGGCGGCGGCGGCCUGGAGAAGAGCGAGGGCGAGAGCAACAAGGGCAAGAAGCGGCGCAACCGCACCACCUUCACCAGCUACCAGCUGGAGGAGCUCGAGAAGGUGUUCCAGAAGACGCACUACCCCGACGUCUACGCCCGCGAGCAGCUCGCGCUCAGGACAGACCUCACGGAGGCCAGGGUGCAGGUCUGGUUCCAGAACAGAAGGGCAAAGUGGCGGAAGAGAGAGCGCUUUGGUCAGAUGCAACAGGUGCGGACACACUUCUCCACCGCCUACGAGCUUCCUCUACUCACACGGCCUGAGAACUACGCACAGAUCCAGAACCCCUCGUGGAUCGGCGGCGGCAGCGGGGCGUCUCCAGUGCCGGGCUGCGUGGUGCCCUGUGACCCCGUGACCUCCUGCAUGACCCCUCACCCCCACGCCGCCAGCGGGGUGUCCGACUUCCUGGGCGUGCCCAGCCCGGGCGGCCACAUGGGGCAGACGGGCAUGAGCGGCCUGUUCGGCGGGCCCGGGGCCGGCAUGACCGGGCACAUGGGCAACGGCGGACCGGGCAUCAACGGGUACGAGAUGGGCAUGGAUCCUGACCGCAAGAGCUCCAGCAUCGCCAGCCUCCGCAUGAAGGCCAAGGAGCACAGCGCUGCCAUCUCAUGGGCCACAUGA